AUGGUAUCCGGUGCAUCCCUUGUCCAGGCAAUUCUGUCCUUUUCGGUAGCCAAGCCAGCAAACCUCUCAGAAUUAUUCGGACCAAGUCUGUCGCCUGAAGCCCAAAUUAUCUUCCCUACAGACACCGACUGGAGCACGCAGGUACAAUUGCGAUGGACCAAUUACCGAGCGCCCAAGGAUCUGGGCGCCAUUAAGCCCGUAACCGAGACCGACGUUCAACCUAUUGUGAGAAUCGCAGAUGCCAACAAAAUCCCUUUCCUCACCACCGGUGGUGGUCACGGGAUUUCAGACUAUAGCCCUUUCAAGGGCAUCGCAAUCGAUCUGGGCAACUUCAAAUCAGUGGAGCUGGACGCAUCUACGAACCGCCUCACAAUCGGUGGAGCGACUGAGUAUUCACAACUACACGACCUGUUGUACGAUGCAGGACAGGGACUAAGUAUGGUUUGCCGUUUGUUCAGUUGGUCAAGGGGGGACGUUCAACUAAUCCGCUCAUGUCGGCUUUUGUAG